GAGCUUUCGUUACAGACGUUAAAAUGUAUUACUUAUGUCUUUUAUUAACUGUGGCAUACGCACUGCCAACGGAAAAGGCAGAGCCAAUAGAAGCAGCAGCACGUGCCAUGGGCAAAGAUUGCUCCAACGGGAUCUUCAGCCCUACAUGUCUGAAAAUAGAGGCCAUAUCGCUUUUGGAGAAGUUAAGUUCCAGGGAAGAACUACAGUUGCUUCCAGGCGUCAGUGUUGUGAAAGAAGAAAAAGAGAACAGCAGCAAGGCUGAUGAGUUUGCAGCGGAAUUAGCCAGAGCUUUGCCAUCAAAACCUGAUGAGAGGCUGGAUAAAUUCCUUCUUUAUAGAUUAGGAACCUAUUUGGAUACCCACUCAGUGAAGCUCAGGUUAUUGGAUGAUGCUGUUUCUGAGGAUGCGAGAGCUUUGAUUAGUGAAGGAAGAGGGAAGGGCGGUGGUUUUGGUGGUGGUAAGAAGGGUGGCAUGGGAGGACUAAUGGCUGCUGGGCUUAUGAUGAAAGGUACUCUAAUGUCAAUGGGUAUGGGGGCACUCGCCCUUUUAGCGGGAAAAGCGCUGAUGACAGCGCUUAUGUCACUGGUACUGUCAGCUGUCAUCGGUCUCAAGUCUCUGACAUCGGGCGGGAAAUCAACCACAUACGAAAUAGUAUCUAAGCCUGUAUAUUCACACUCACAUUCACAUUCCACGGCACAUGAGGAUGCGGGGAGCUAUGGACACUCCGGGUAUGGUAGGAGCAUAAAUGCAAGACGUUGAAAACUGUUAAUAAUUUAGUUUUUUCAACGUUUCUUUGAAAAUCCAGCUAAUAUUAAGUUUAAUUUAUUUAUUUAUGAAUCCACGAUGUCUUUUUGUAAGCAAACGUAAGUUAUUUUUCUUUGAAUUAAAUAUUUGACAAAGAAAAGUCUCAUCUCAUAUGUUGCAGGAUUAUAUUAUCAAAGCAAUUUUGGAUGGAUGAGGUAUGAUUGUAAACAAUGCAUUUAUUGAAAACGUUUAUAAGUAGCAUAUUUAAGAACAUUAUUUAUUCGUAGUAUUUAUAGAAACCACUCAGUAUUGUGUAUUUAUAAAAAAAUAUUAGU